CAACCCAUCUAAAUAACAUAGACACAUAACAGCCGCCAGAUCAAGAAUUCAAUCAAUACACCCACAAUGCAACUGUACCAACUUGGAAUCGUAGGUGUCGUUCUGCUGGGAUUUCUGGCGUCCAGCCUUUUCACGAUCUCCAAGAAACUAUCCUCUCUACGAGAACCGCUUGCGGUAUGGAACACGGUGCACAGCCUAGAUGUAUUGCCGCUCCGAAUGCGUAGCUGGAUAUAUUCUCUUCUAGUCGGGAUUGCGAAUCCGUAUUCACGAUCAAUCAACGUUCGAAUCACAGAGGUUCAAAAAGGAAUAGUUUGUGGUAUCAUGAAGGAAACAAGAAGUACGUCGAAUCGAUUCAAGUGCGUCCAUGCUGGAGCGCUAGUCACUUUCGGAGAAACUAUCGGCGGCCUUGCACUAUUCACCCAUCUCGGAAAGAAAGAUCGAGCCAUUUUGACAAACAUCAAUGUCGAGUAUAUAAAAGCUGUAAGAGGACUUUUAACAGCGAGUUCAGUUGUACCAGCUUUCACAGACACCACGACCGAUAAAAUCAUUACUGAAGUCAUCAUCAAAAACGCGGCAUUCGACACAGUGGCAAAACUCACGUUGACAUGGAAAACAGAUCUCAAGGGCGAAUAAUAGCAAGAGCAAUGACCCGGAUAUAUGCUGCCUUCUUCUCACAACGCAACAGAGUUCUUAUGUCCUUAUUGUUGUAUAUGAUGCUUGCUUUUAUUUUGUGAUGGUUUCCCA